AAUUCGGUAAAUACCAAAGGUCGCAACCUACGAUGAAAAAAAAUCUCAAGGAGGCGGGGCGGGGCGGCUCGCGGGAGUUCUAACUUCUACUUCAAAAUUCUCUCAGUUCCUCAUUCAAAUCCUUUCUUCUCUUCUUCUUUUGCAAAUUCGAACCAAAUUCUUUGCUCUUAUUUCAGAUCUUGACCACUUUCAAUUUCUCAAGUUUACAACGAAGUCAAAGGAUGGAAUUCUGGAAUAACUAACACCAUAUUUCACAAGCUCACUAGUCUUAAGCUUUGAGGAAGACCGGUUCAGAAUUAUGUUGGUUAAGGAAGAUUUUUGACUGAGAAUGUUAAGGUUUCUAGAAGUGUUCAGAUUUUUCCUUUGAAAUUCAUUUCAUCAGCGGAGUUACUCUAUCAUAGAUUAGACUUUAGAGCAGGUGAUGGAAAUGGCUGUUUGCGAUGCAAAAGCUAGUUUGGAAAAGAAAAGGAAACGAAAGCAGAGAAGAAGAGGUAACACCACCAGAGAUGAUAACAAAGGUUGCAAUCCUGCUGAAGAUAAUGCUUCAGCAGAAAAUAAUGUUUCUCAAGAAUCUCUAAAUGGAAUGUGCUUGAACACGGACCCAAAAAUGAGGCAAUCUCAGUUAGAAGUAAAUUUGUUAGGAGAAAAGAAUCAGGAGAAGCACGAUGAUUCACAAUGUGGAGAAGCUACUGGAAUAUCUGUUUUGGCCCCCUUGAAUGUUAAAAUUCUUAAAGGAGAUGACGAGACAUCUACUUCCCCAAAUGUAGACUUUUGUUUGGCAGAUGGAAAGGAAAAUUCUUCAGUUCCCAAGGAUCCAGAUGGGAACGGUACUAUUAUGGUUAAAAGAGAUGAUGAACAUACAGAGACUAUGGAUCAUUCAGCUUCUUCAAGCCAUGUUGAAUCCCAAAGGACAAGGAAAAAAAGGCGGCGGCGUAGAAAGGGAAGGUCGUUAGAAUCCCCUAAAAAAUGUUUGGAAACCAAUAUGGAGGACGAAAAUAAAGUAUCUCUAUUGAACCAUUCUCAUGAAGAGCAGACAAAUAACCACCCUAAAAAAUUUGUAGUAGAAGUUAUGAAUGGUGUUCUGUUGGAAGAAUCAGUUGAUUGCUCAAUUAGUGAAAAAACAGAGUUGGUGUCUGCAAAUAUUGAGGAAAGUUCCAUGGUUGUUGCAGGUCCUAAGAAGUCCAAAGAUUUCGAAAAUGCUAAGAUGGUUAAAGAAGAUGAUGACUGCUCAGAGACUAAGUAUUCCUUGGCUCAAUCAAACAAUGAUGAUACCCCUGGCAAAAGAAAAAGAGAGGUAACAAUAACGAAAGGUCGAAGAAGGAGAAAAUUUGCAGAUACCUUUGAAGAAAGUUUGAAUUUUCAUGUGAAAGAAACUAAGAAAGAUGUUGCAUUCAACUGUGUAAAUGAAGAGGGUGCAACGAGUAUGCAUGGUGGUGCCCAUACAUCAGAUGUGAAGGAGAGAGAGGAAUUCAUAAAGAAGAAGGUUCCUCAUUCGUUGGUCUGUAAUGCCACAAAUGAUAACAUCAGUGCAUCUGGUUUUUCAAAGAAAAAACUUCUCAUACUUGAUGUGAAUGGACUGCUCGUUGAUUUUGUUCCAUAUUUUCCAGAUGGAUAUACUCCAGACUUUGUUAUAUCACGCAAAGCAGUGUUUAAGAGGCCCUUCUGUGAUGACUUCCUACAGUUUUGUUUUGAGAGAUUUGAAGUGGGGAUAUGGUCAUCGAGAACCUGGAGGAACCUGAACAUGUUAGUUAAGUUUCUUAUGAGAGAUUCCAGACACAAGCUACUUUUUUGCUGGGAUCAAUCACACUGUACUCCUACAAGGUUCAACACUCUUGAAAAUAAUAAAAAGCCCCUUGUUCUGAAGGAACUGAAAAAAAUAUGGGAAAAUUUGGAACCAAAUCUUCCAUGGAAAAAGGGGGAGUUCCAUGAGUCAAAUACUUUAUUGUUGGAUGAUUCACCGUAUAAGGCCCUGCGCAAUCCAGCUAAUACUGCUGUAUUUCCCACUUCAUAUCGGUACAAGGACAGUGAUGAUACAUCAUUAGGGCCUGGUGGUGAUCUUCGCACUUAUUUGGAGGGUGUUUAUGCGGCAGAAAAUGUUAAAAAAUAUGUUGAACAGAAUCCAUUUGGUCAAAAAGCCAUAUCUGAAUCUAGUCCAUCUUGGAAAUUCUACCGUAAGAUUAUAGAGAGUGAGCGGGAAAGAUGAUGUAGGUGUUCAUUGGCUCACAUAUGAGAAGUCCGCUCUAACUUCCCAAGUAUAUGUAGCUUUUAUGAUCUGGAAUUGUUUCUGCGACAGGAUUCCCACAUGCUGAUGAUUAGUCUCAUGAAAGACGUGGCCAUAUAUUUAAAAAUUGGUUCACAUGAUUAUUUGCUAUAUAGUAGUUCAUCCUCUGCCAUAGUUGGAUAACCGUUGCUUAGUUUUCAAGAUUAGAAGAGCCAGCCUUUGAUAUCCCUUCUAUAUACUUCGUUAGUUUUAUGUUUCUUUGUGGCAAAUUUUGUCAACAACUAAUCCGGUGAGUACACAUUCACCGUUUUUCUUAAUGAUAUUGACAUUUAGUUGUAGGUUACGAGCACACAGAGAGUUUUUACUUGCUAGAAAUACGUAGCUAGAAAUUGAGUUUAUUCUAGUCAAAAUGUUGCAUUGUAUUUGUAACUUGUAUAAACGUUUACGGCUUGUAGUUUGAAAUUUGUUUCUGCGGGGAUGGAAGAUUCAAAGCAAUGUUCCGACAAUGUAAUUUCAUUUGUUUUAGACACUUUUGUUGUGUAUUUUGUCGCUUACGAAGGUUAAUUCUGUCCUGUAAAUUAUCUCAUAUAUCUUUGCAUUUAGAAAAAAAAAAGACUUUGACGUAUACUUUCAUUUCUUGCGUUGAAACUUCUUCUAUCAGGUUCUAAAAGGAAAAAUAAAUACUUGGAUGCAUUCAAGGGAAUUUCGGCUAUGCUGCAUCCAAGUAUAUUGAUGUGGUUCUGAAUUCAGGUCAUCAUUGAAGCUUCUGCUGAUGAUUGAUAUUGAAAAAUGUGGGAGAAUUCGUCGGACAUGACUCUCAGCUUCUAAAGAGUGAUCAAUUCAAGGGAGCAGGUAUGUUCAUGUCUUCUUGUUGAAAAUAUAUGGUUUAUGUGUCCACAAGCUUUUCAGUUGAGACCCAUUUUGGUCCCCUUUCUCAUGGCUGGGCCCAAAUGACAGCUCGGUUAAGGCCCAAUAAGUGCUAUUCAUCGCCACACUUGGCAAGAGAGAAGAGGCUCAUCCCAAGUCAUCAUUGUGGGAAAUGGAAUGUGACUUGAAAUUGAGAUUCUUUUUGAAAUCUAUCUCUUUUGAAUUAUUCUUUUUGAAGUGAUUGUUCUUUUGGAAAAAUAACUGUCUACACACUGUUAUAACAGUUUCUAUAUAGUGUUUUUAGAGGUUAAGAAGUUUCAUCAUGAAAGUAGAUUAAUAAAAACUCAGCAUUACGAAGUCA